GUCCUCUCCUUGACGUACAACGUCAUAAGAACGUCUCCAUUUUCUCCUCGAGAAGAACGGGUGGCCGGUUUCGGUAGCUGCACCAUUUUGGAGCGACGACGGCCUUUCCACCGGUGUUUGUCUGUCGUUUUAGGAGACUUAACUCGAGCAAACUCUGUUUUAAAGAGUGUUAUUUGGAAGUUAGAGACAUAUUAACUGUUUUAUAGAGACAGAAGGCGAAAAAGGAAAGCUAAAACGGCCGCACCGUGCUGAGACAAGCUAGCUUUGAGGCUAAUCUUGGCUGAGAGGCUUUCCGACCGACCGACCAACAAUCUCUGUGAGUAAAAUUGAAAUUACUAAAUAUUAAAAAUUUGCUAUGUGAAUACUGUUAAUCGCCUCAUGUAUAUAUCUUUGACUAUGUGAAUACGGAAUUUAGCGUUUCUGUGGUUAUUUUUUCGCCCAGCCAAACUACCCACCCUCCGUAGGUGUAGAUAUUGAACCGGUUUUAACCAGAACAAAGCAGUUUUAUUAUUGUGUAGUCCUGGGUAAAGAUGUGAAAUACAUUAAAUAUAAUUCAGAGGUAUUUCUAACUUACUCAGUCUGUUCUUGUGUGAGUAUCUUCUGUGGGUUUGCCUCGCGGGGUAAUAAAGUCCAGUACUGAGAUAUGAGCAGACAGCUGCAAUCACACCUCCACCCUCAGCUUUAUUUAACUCCUCCACCUUCAGCUACACUAUACCCCUCCAACCUCAGCUUUCUUUAACUCCUCCACCUUCAGAUCCACUAUACUCUUCCAACCUCAGCUUGACUUUACGCAGUCUUCAGCUUUAUUUAACUCCUCCACCUUCACUAUACUCCUCUAACCUCAGCUUUAUUUAAGUCCUCCACCUUCAGCUUUUUUUUUAACUCCUCCACCUUCAUUAUACUCCUCUAAUCGUAGCUUUAUUUCACUCCUCCACCUUCAGUGUCAUUGUAUUCUUCUAAUCUCAGCUUUCUUUAACUCCUCCACCUUCAGCUCCACUAUACUCCUCCAACCUCAGCUUUCUUUAACUCCUCCACCUGCAGCUCCACUAUACCCCUCCAACCUCAGCUUUACUCAACUCAGUCUUCAACUUAUUCAGCUCCUUCACCCUCAGCUUUAUUAAGCUCCACCUUUAGCUUAAUUUAGUUCCUCUAACCUCGGCUUUAUUGCACUCCUCCAUCCCCAGCUGUAUUCAACUCCUCCACCCUCAGCCUUAUUGAACUCCUUCACCUUUUGCUUCAUUUAAUACCUCCACACUCAGCUAUAUCUGACUGCUCCACCUUCGGGUCUAUGUAACUCCUCCACCCACUCACCUCUGAGCACUUUUUUUGUGGUCUCUUAUAGUUUUCUCAGUAUGGGUCAAACACUCGAAUGUCUUCUCGGCACACACAUUUACUCUUGAUCCAGACUGAUGCAGGUUAAUGUGAAGUUUUCUCGUGUGUCAGAGUUUCUAAAAACAGGACACAGUUAGCUUUAACUCUUUGAUAUUAACUAAUAAUGAUAACAUGCUGUUAGCUGUUUGACAGUCAGCUAAAUACUUGUGUGCAUAAGCAUGGCCCUUUUAAUGAGGCAAACGUUCAUGUAAAAAUACAAACAGGAGCACCAUUUGCUCAUGAGCUCAAUGGUAUUUUCAACCAACAACCAGUCACGUACCAUACCAACAGUACCAACACUCUGCUGCUUAUUUAGUACUUUACCUCAGUGGGUCUAACAAGCAUGUUUGUCUGUUCUCUCUUUCCAGGAGCCUGAAACAGAAGUCUGUCAAAAUGAGUGCAGCCUCCUCCCAAAAAGUUGUCCUGAAAAGCACCACCAAGGUGUCCCUGAAUGAGCGGUGAGGCGCCACGCACCCUGUCAGCAGUUAGACACCAGAUGAAAAGGCCAGCCUUGGCUUGUGAAGGUUCUAGUGCUCCCUACGGAAGGCUUCUGUUGGGGACCGGACCUGAAAUGGAUGUUUUGCACAGUGUGUGCUCUGCUAACUCAACCACACCUGUCUUGUCCACAUGUGUGUGGUUUAAUACAACCUCAGUGUGGGACGCAGGCGGUUCAGCCAGGACAGGUGACUUGUGUGAGCAGUGCAGACAUGUAGACAAGGGGAGAGGGUAGUGGUCACACUUGGUAAGCCUUGGUAAGCCUAUGCUGGACCAGACCACUAUCCUACAAACGCCCUGGCACUUCUCCUCCUCCUCCUGGUGAAAACACCAAGUAUUCACCUUUACAGAGGAGAGGAAGGCUUAAGAUAAACCAGGGAGAUGAGGCAUCCUCCUGCCUCUUUACAUUUCUCUCUCAAACCAGUGGAAGUGAAGCACAUGCUCUUUCUCUUCUCUCUCUUUCUCUCUCUGCUCAGAGAUACUCAGUCCUAGCAUGGACGUGACAAAGAUCUCCCCUUCCCCUCUCCUCUCCCCUAACUCAGUGGUUAAGCCACAGUGUCACGGUCUGUGCUGUAAGAGGCUGAGUAACCAAGCACUCCUCAUGUCCGGGGCCUCUGCUGCAGCAUGAUGACGCUCAGCCAAGCAGCCGGAGGCCUGUAAGUGGCAAACUGUGCUCCUCUUCUGGCACUCUUUUUUUUCUCUCCCUCUGUCUGUCUGUCUUUACACUCUCAGUGUCUUUAUCGAAGUUCUUCUUGUGCUUGUUUGAAAUCACACAUGCUUUAAUUCCAGUAUAACUCAGUUGUGAUGUGAUGGAGAGAGAAAAUGAGUGCCAACAGGUGAAGUCUGACAUGACUUAAGAGCCAGCUCUCUGUGUGGCUGCUUCAGUGACAUAAGAAAUGACUUGAUGUGGAACCUGCUUCCUCCUCCUCCUCUGUAUGUCCCCUCUCCCCCUCUUUUACUCCCUUUCUCUCCCCCCCUCCCACCUCUAAAGCUUCACUAACAUGCUGAAGAACAAGCAGCCCACUGCGGUAAGCAUUCGAGCCACCAUGCAGCAGCAGCACUUGGCCAGUGCUCGCAACCGCCGACUGGCCCAGCAGAUGGAGAACCGGCCAUCGGUGCAGGCUGCGCUCAACCACAAGCAGGUGAGGUCAGAGGUCAAACUCAGAGUAGGCUGCAGACACUCUUAGGAGGCCUGCACAGGCAACCAUAGCAUAGGAGGCAGUGGACAGCUGACAGUGCAGUGACUUGUUAACACACUGCAGGAACUCCACACACACUCACACACAAACAUGCCCUGCCUACUCCAAUGAACCUUUGAGGCUCCACUCAGGAUUUUUUGUUUGUGGAUGCACCUCACCAGUGACAUAAACCUCAUACAACCCAACAUCAAAAAUACUGAAAUAUCCCUUUUAAGUGGUAAUGCUACAAAGCUACAACAGCAGUGAUGCAGCUGAUAUCCAAGGCCACUAAUGGCGCUUUUCCACAGUAACGGUACAGUAUGGCGCGGCUCUACAAGCUUGCAACGCUUUUCCACUAUUUAUUCGUACCUCCUCGGCCCUGGUUCCAAGCAAGCCGAAGUUAUACUAUAGUGUGACGCCAGCCGACUGCCUUCCAAUGAUUGGCCACUGAGUAUCGUCAUCAGACGCGCGACACCCAACCGCAGACUGUAAAAAGACGAACAAAACACGGCCCCGCCAUUUUUAAAAUUACUCUUUUCCUACAAGAGAGAAUAGCAGCAGCAGAAGAGUACACCAUGGUCAGUCGACGAAGUCCAAACCUUCCUUUCUUUGAUGGCAGAGUAAAUGACGUCACUGCAUUUUGUGCAGCCGUAUGACGACCCCGCCCACACCGAGGAGAUACUCAGUUGCAAUGGAAAUGCAUCCAAACUGUACUGUGCCGUGCCGUACUGUACUGUGCUGCUACUGUGUCAUGGAAAAGCGCCAUAAAUGACUGCCCUGGCUGUUAAUAUACAUACUGCACAUAGUGUCAAUGCAACUUCAGUCACUGAGGAUGCUGGCAAACAGCCCAGUGAUGAAACAACAGCCAAACAAACCGGAUGCUUUAAGGAUACCGAAAAAAUCUAAGACCAGUUUGAAUAGAUUGAACAGUUUUGUUGUUUCAGCAGAAACUUCUCCACCAUUGGCCAAAAACCUAAUGUGACAAACGGCACAAAGAAAUCUUGAUUCUCCACAAAUUAAGCACAUCACAUCUAACAGGAUGAUUCCUUCCUGCAAAGUUUAGUAGCAGUAGAAGUUUAGUAGCAGGUUUUGCUUCCUUUAUUUCAGUGGGAAUUUGUGUUUCGCUGGCCCCUCCAGCUCCAUCUACAUGCCAACUUUCCCCUCUAUUCAUUUUGUCUGUGUUUCAUCCCUGAAUAAUUUGUGCCAGAGCUUGAAGCAGCGGCUGGGGAAGAGCAACAUCCAGGCGAGACUGGGCCGGCCGGUCGGAGCUCUGAUGAGAGGAGGACCUGCAGGAGGAAGAGGUGGGAUGCGAGGAAUGACCAGAGGAGGCCUCCGAGGACGAGCCAGAGGAGGAGCAAUGAGGGGAGCUCUGUCUCUGAGAGGUCAGUGUGCACAGUGUUGAGUUUAUUUCUUUGACAGCUUGACCUGGAUUCUCAGAUUAAAGGUGGGGGUUUUUUUUGUGCCUUUGUUUUUUCAGGGAAGAGGAUGACCACAGGUGGCCCGAUGAGAGGCCGCGGCUCUGCUGGUCGUAUGGGGAUGCGUAGAGGAGGACGCCAACGUGGAGGACCUCCCGGCAGAGGAGGAGCUAUGCCAAAAGGAGCACCUCGAGGAGGAGUGGCCAGAGGUGAGUGAUGGUGUCAGUUCUCCAUCAUGAAACUGGGAUGGAGAAACAUGUCUGUAAGAUUUAUUAUUUUCUUUAGAAUAAUUAAGCUGAACUGUCGGAGUGUUUAUGAGCCACAGUUUAAAGGAGAAUCUUUUUUUUCCGGUUUAUUACAGCACCUUAAAAAAAGCUCUGGUUCUACCAGAUAAUUGUAUAUAGUCAGUAAAUUAUUAAACAGUUUCUUGUCGCUGAGACUCAGUCAGAUCAAAUCUCCCUGCCUGAUGAUAAUUGCUGCUGCAGAAAGAGGAAGAACAUCCUUUUUACACCAGCAGAGCUUCAAUCUCAUAUUUCUAAGCGGGCGAGGAUAACAAAACGAACACAUUUUAACACUCCUUUCGGUUAACCUCCAGGAACUGACUGAUUUCUGUGUUUUGGUCAUCAGGUCGUGGUGGACUGCGCGGCCGUGGUGGUUUUGCUGGCCGGGGUGGCCGUGGCCGUGGGCGAGGCCGAGGUCUGAGCCGACCAACGGUGACCCGUGAGCAGCUUGACAACCAGCUGGACGCCUACAUGUCGAAGACUAAAGGACACCUUGAUGCAGAGCUGGAUGCCUACAUGGCCCAAGCGGAUCCUGAGAGCAUGGAGUGACUCCAACGGACUCCAAAGCACAAAGAGAGUUGCUGCAGGACUUGACAACUGAACUCACACUCAAGAUGAAGUGUGAUGAAAUGAUGUCCUGAGACAUGAUUGUGUUCUUUAUUUAGACGACAGAAGAAAAUCAGCAGGAGGUUGAGGUGUCAUCUGAAUGUGCUCAGACCACCACUCAGUUUUUCAUCAACCUGCUCCUGAAAAAAACCCUGAGAAAUCUUAAUGAAGGGACCUUCCAAUCAGUAACAGACCUGCAGGCUCUAGAUCCACAUUAUUUUAGUUCUGUUUUUAUACCUGACAUUGAAAAACGGAGAACUGGAACGGUGUAGAGAAGAUUUCCAGGAGAUGUUGUCCUGAUUCUGAAUGGUUUUGUUUUUAACUUUUGUUUUUAAUGGAUAUGAAUUCUGUUGGGUUAAUUUGUCGAUUACUUUGGAAACAUGAGCAAAAUAAAACUUUUCUAAAUUCAUGUUUUGAAAAGAAUGUAAGAAAAGAGUAAAAAAGCCGGGUUUCCAUCUUCCUGUUUUGUAUUUAAAGAAAUGUAGUACUGUUUUUUCUCUGUAUCUCCACUUGUUGGCGCUCGCCUGUAAAGCGUCAUUAUUCUUACCUUGUACCUGAGAGCAUUUGUAUAAAGUUACCUGAAGCAAGUGAAAUAGGUUUUAAUUAAAAUGGAAAUGAUGAUUUCCCAAACUGUGUCGGAGUUUUAUAUUUUAAAAUGUUUAACCCAGAUUCAUUGGAGAGAUAAAAAUGUUAAUUAAGUUGAUUUUAAAACAGCAAAGUCACAGCUUCAGUUUAAAGAAAUGUAUUUCACUUAUUCCUACAUGUCCAUGAGUGUGAAACCGAGGUAUUAAAGAAUCUGAGGUAUGCAGGAAUGAAUAAAAUACAUUGCGUCACCUUUGAUGGAGUAAAGUGUGUCCAUUGAAAGUUCCAAACAGGCUCAGAUGGAUUUUGGUGUUUGAUCGUACAGAAAGAAUACCUGCAGAGAUCAAUCUUUAUAGAGAAAAAUCACUUUUUCCAUAGGUACUGGACUACAAUCACAAAAUGGUUCAUUUUACCCGAUGGGAAACAAAGGCUGGUAGUUAAGAUGCUGCCUUUAUCUGCUUCUUUAUCUGUUGUUCUUUGUGUCUUAGGCCCUGGGGGUCAGCUGCAAAAACAUUUCCUGAUAAAUGAAAGUUCUCUGGGGACCAAAACCAUUUCACUGUAGAUCAAACACAGAAAUAUCUCACAUGAAGUCAAAUCACACAAUUAAAAAAUAUUGAAUGAAAAAAAACUACACAGCAUAUACCUAACUAUUAUGGGAUAAAACGAUUUAAAUUACAUUUUGUUGCCAGAAGACUGUUUAUUUUAUUUUAUUCCAAGGAAUUUAAAAUCUUAGCUCUGAGUUUUAUUCCAGUCAGCAGUUCUUAGUAAGUAACUGAUAUCUGUUUUUAUUCAACAAAAAAGCACAAGCAUGAUUUGAUAAAUUUUAGAAAUACAGAAAUAAGAUUUAUUUGCAAGUAUUUUUCAAACUGAGGUUAUGCCAUAGACUGUAUAUACUUUAUAUAUAUAUACACUCACCGGCCACUUUAUUAGGUACACCAUGCUAGUAACGGGUUGGACCCCCUUUUGCCUUCAGAACUGCCUCAAUUCUUCGUGGCAUAGAUUCAACAAGGUGCUGGAAGCAUUCCUCAGAGAGCUUGGUCCAUAUUGACAUGAUGGCAUCACACAGUUGCCGCAGAUUUGUCGGCUGCACAUCCAUGAUGCGAAUCUCCCGUUCCACCACAUCCCAAAGAUGCUCUAUUGGAUUGAGAUCUGGUGACUGUGGAGGCCAUUUGAGUACAGUGAACUCGUUGUCAUGUUCAAGAAACCAGUCUGAGAUGAUUCCAGCUUUAUGACAUGGCGCAUUAUCCUGCUGAAAGUAGCCAUCAGAAGUUGGGUACAUUGUGGUCAUAAAGGGAUGGACAUGGUCAGCAAGAAUACUCAGGUAGGCUGAGGCGUUGCAACGAUGCUCAAUUGGUACCAAGGGGCCCAAAGAGUGCCAAGAAAAUAUUCCCCACACCAUGACACCACCACCAGCAGCCUGAACCGUUGAUACAAGGCAGGAUGGAUCCAUGCUUUCAUGUUGUUGACGCCAAAUUCUGACCCUACCAUCCGAAUGUCGCAGCAGAAAUCGAGACUCAGCAGACCAGGCAACGUUUUUCCAAUCUUCUAUUGUCCAAUUUCGAUGAGCUUGUGCAAAUUGUAGCCUCAGUUUCCUGUUCUUAGCUGAAAGGAGUGGCACCCGGUGUGGUCUUCUGCUGCUGUUGCCCAUCUGCCUCAAAGUUCGACGUACUGUGCGUUCAGAGAUGCUCUUCUGCCUACCUUGGUUGUAACGGGUGGUUAUUUGAGUCACUGUUGCCUUUCUAUCAGCUCGAACAAGUCUGGCCAUUCUCCUCUGACCUCUGGCAUCAACAAGGCAUUUCCGCCCACAGAACUGCCGCUCACUGGAUAUUUUUUCUUUUUCGGACCAUUCUCUGUAAACCCUAGAGAUGGUUGUGCGUGAAAAUCCCAGUAGAUCAGCAGUUUCUGAAAUACUCAGACCAGCCCUUCUGGCACCAACAACCACGCCACGUUCAAAGUCACUCAAAUCACCUUUCUUCCCCAUACUGAUGCUCGGCUUGAACUGCAGGAGAUUAGCUGCGUCCGAAUUGCCAAAUUGUAGUCGAAGUAGUAUCUAGCAUGUCCGAAUUGGCCACCGGAGCGAGUAGCAUGCUACUUCAGAUACUACUUCAGAUGCUAGACACGCCCACAUUGUAGGUUGGUCUCGGUGCAUCCUACCAUAGACGUUGCCAUAGUUGCAGCACUGGCUGUCGUAAACCGC